CAGAGGCCAUUUCUGCUCUUGCAAGGGAUGAGGAUCCUGCAGCAUCUGAAGAGCACAUGAGUUAUUCAGGUUUCCUGGAAAACAUGCAGAUUUCUACAACAGGAUCUCAGACAGGGUGGAGACCAUUUAUCCACUGCUGUCAUCCUUGACCAGCACCAGGAAAAGCAAAAACAAAACCAGGGAGCUCCUAUUUCCUGCCCACUUGCUCUUACAAAAGUGAAAGAGGUUUCUAAAAGCCUAAUUCGAGCCUUCAGCAGGAUGGAAACAAGAGAAGAAACUCCUCUGCCUGGAGUUGCCUGGAAUGGGUAUUUAAGCAAUUUUAGCCGUGGGACCACAGCAGGCAGCCACUCGUCAAACACAACCUCGGCGGCGACGACGACGAUCACAGCCCCCUGGCUGGACGGGGCCAACUCCAGCGAGUACCCGUACGAGUACCUGGACGAGGGGGAUUACGGGCAGUACGGGCUCUGCACCAAGGAGGGGGUGCUCUCCUUCACCCAAGUGUUCCUGCCUGCCUUUUACGCCGUGGUCUUCCUGCUCGGCAUGGCCGGGAACGCCCUCCUGUUCGUCGUCCUCAUGUUGUACAUCAGGAAGAAGAAGAAGAUGACCGAGGUGUAUCUGCUGAACCUGGUGGUUUCAGACUUCUUCCUGCUGCUGACCCUUCCUUUCUGGGCUCUGCACAUUUCUCAGGGGUUCGCCUGGGACGUUUUGUGCCCGGUCUUAAAUGCCAUGUACACUCUGAACUUCUACAGUGGCGUCUUUUUAGUGAGCUGCAUGAGCCUGGACAUGUAUCUGCAGAUAGUUCACGCUUGCUCUGCCCACAGCUCCACGUCGUGGAGGAAGCCCGUCCUCGGCUUGUUGGUGGUGUGGAUCCUUUCCAUACUCCUCUCCAUUCCUGAUGGCCUCUUCACCAGCACAAGGCAAAUCCACAAUGAAACCACCACGUGCACCCAGGAUUACGGCCAGGACCACUUGUUUUGGAAAGUUGUCUUUCGGGUCACUCAAAACAUCCUGGGCUUCCUUUUGCCCUUCCUCUUGAUGGUGUUCUGCUACUCCCGCAUCGCCUGUGUCCUCAGCACGUCGCGGCUGCCUGGCUCCAGGAGAGCCCUCUGCUUGGUCUUCACCCUGGUGGGUGUCUUCUUUGCCCUGUGGUCUCCCUACAACGUUGUCCUCAUCCUCCACUCCCUGCAGGAUGUUGGUGUGAUCAGGAGCUGUGAAAGCAGUAGGAAGCUGGACUAUGCCAUGCAGGUCACGGAGAGCUUGUCCUUUGUCCACUGCUGUCUCAACCCCUUCCUCUAUGCUUUUGUGAAGAAACGGUUCAGGUCCUACUUGUGGAAGAUCCCUCAGGCCAUUUUCAGGAGCAGUGGUUUCUUUCACAUCCAGCUCUCGGAGACAAGCCCGUCUUGCAGCAGAUACGUGGCUGAGAUAGAAAUGUUGAGUAUCACAACUGCAGCAUAAAUAUUGACAUUGUUUACACUAUGUGUGUGCCCCCUGGGCUGCAUUUGGUCCUGGCCAUGGGAUGGAGUUGGUGUGAGCCCACACUUCAUAACCAGACAGUUCGUCCAAGCACCGCCCUCGAGAUGGGGAUUUUCCAUGCUGAGACUGGGAAAGUACUUGUGGGAUUUGUUUCUGCUGAUAAAAAACUGGGAGGGGCUGCUGACUCCCUGGAAGGCAGGGAGGCCUCAACAAAUCAGAGCACUGGACAAUCACCAACUGUAGGAAGUUCAACAAGGGGAAGUGCCGGAUUCUGCCCCUGGGAUGGGGCAACCCUGGAUGGAUGGACAGACUGGGAAUGAGAGGCU